AUGGCUCAUGUAGUGUCUUCCUUGGACCAACCUUCAAAUUAUAAGGACUCUCAAACUCGCGUUGACCGCAUGAAGCAAAAUGAGAUGCUUUCAAAGUCAACAACUCUCUAUAUUGGUAACUUGAGUUUCUAUACCACAGAAGAGCAGAUAUAUGAGCUUUUUACAAAAUGUGCCAGUCCAGAGGACGGCGGAGGUAUCAAACGAAUCAUCAUGGGUUUGGACAGGAACACAAGAACGCCCUGUGGCUUUUGUUUUGUCGAAUACUACACUCACGCCGAAGCUUUAGCCAGUAUGAGAUACGUCAGUGGAACCAAACUGGACGAGCGGAUAAUUCGAUGCGACUUGGACUUGGGCUACAAGGAGGGCCGUCAGUUUGGCAGGGGAAAGAGUGGAGGACAGGUAAGAGAUGAGCACCGACAAGACUAUGACCCAGGUCGGGGCGGGUGGGGCGCGCAGGCGCAGAGGAUAGAGAUUGAGCGAAGGAGAGAAGUCGAGGAGAGGUACGCGGACGCUGUGGACGGACCUGGUGCAGUUGCGGGAGGCGGCGAGGACUGGAAGGAGGCGGAAAAUGCUGCACCUGAGAAAACACUCAAACGUGGACGGUCACCAGAUGAUGAGGGCAAUAAUAAUGGUAGACUGGGUCAACGAACACGAACAGAAGAAGACAUGGAGGCCGAGAGAAUGUAAUCCUACUCAUGUCCCUAUCCUUCUUGUUUCUUUCUGGGUAUCAACACUCUCAAUAUAAUAAAGCGGCCUUGAUGGGAUGUGUACCU